UUCUCCCAUAUCAUCUCUCUCUUUCUCUCUUGCUUUCCUCGUAACAAGGUAGCUUACUCCUAACCCCAAGGAUGAUCCCAUAACUUCUCUUUCCUCCCUAGCUCAAGGAGUCUCCACACAUACCAUAUACACCCAAAGCCGGUGUUGUCCCUCUCCAAUUUAUCCGGCAAAAUCCUGCAGGGCCUGAGAAAGCAUGGGCACUUUGGUGGGUCACGUGGCACCAGGGUUUGGGUUCCUGGUGAUUGGGCUGUGGCACCUCUUCAACCACAUCAAGCUGCACUCCAUGCACCCCAACUCCUACUGUUCCCCUCCAUGGUUCCCCACAUCUAGGCUCAGGCACCUUGAGCUCUACCUCAUCAUCUUUGGCAGCCUGGCUUCCAUCUCCAUGGAGCUGGUCAUCGGCCCGGAGAAGCACAACCCCUUCGACGACGACGGCACCAUCCCCUCCAACCACCUGCACAACUUCGAGCACGCCUCCAUCUCCCUCGCCCUCCUCAUCUACGCCUCCUUCGCAAUCGUCUUUGACCGCGUCAAGCCGAGGCUCCGCGACGAGAUGACCAUGCUCCUCGCCGCCGCCGCCUUCGGGCAGCAGCUGCUCAUGUUCCACCUCCACUCCGCCGACCAUAUGGGCAUGGAGGGGCAGUACCACUGGCUGCUGCAGACCGUCAUCGUGGUGUCGCUCGCCACCGCCCUCCUCGGCGUCGCCCUGCCGCGGAGCUUCCUGGUGAGCUUCGUCCGGUCGGUGAGCAUCGCCUUCCAAGGUGUGUGGUUCGUCGUCAUGGGCUUCAUGCUGUGGACGCCCAGCCUCAUCCCCAAGGGCUGCUUCAUGAACCUGGAGGAGGGGCACAUGGUCGUCCGCUGCCACACCGACGCAGCGCUCCACCGCGCCAAGUCCCUCGUCAACCUCCAGUUCAGCUGGUACAUGGCGGCCAUGGCCGUGUUCUCCAUGCUGCUCUUCUUGUUCCUGUCCAAGGUCUACCCCGAGGAGCCGCAAUACCUGCCUCUUCUCAAGGAGGAGGAAGAAGAGGACUUGGAGUCACAGAAGAAGCUGAUGGAGUCUGGGAGCUUCGUUCAUAUGGGUAAAAGGCUGAGAUCCAUUGAGCUUGAGAGGUAAAAAGGCAAAAGACCUUGUUAAUGGCCUACAAGAACUUGUUGGCUUUUCUUUUCUCAUUUCCUUUUUACUUUCUUUCUUCUUUAUCUUUUUUUGUAUAAUCCAGCUCUUAUCAAAAGGUGUCUAGUGGGAUUAUUUGGGGAAUUCUUUUGGCUGUCAGUGGUGUGUGGCUCUUUCUGAAGGAGGAGUUACUAUUGUGAUCUGGAUGUGUAAAGAGAGUGGGGGCUAAGAUUGGUCUCUGUUUGUGUCACCAAAUAGUACAAUUUUAUGUGUUUAUUCUCACCA